AUGGCACAAUUGCAAUCGAUGCGGAAUAAGGGAGAAUGUUGCAGUCUGAUCUUUGUUGCUGUCCAUCAAUCCUUUGCUAUAUUUCUCAAACCAAUUUCGCUGGACUACCAUAAUGAAAGAACCUUCCGCUACUCUCCGCCUAUUCUAUAUGUGGAGAAGGGAAGCAGGGAGACAGCUAACAGUAACCUCGCACGCUUCGAUUCAAGCCGAUGGCGGGUGAUCUGGAAUGCUUUGCUUAAACUCCGUUCUCCUGUGAUCAAUGCAAGCAGUGUAUCAUUGGACAGCACGAUUGUUUUGCCUGUAUAG